AUGGACAACUUAUUCCGGCGCGCGAGCAAAUGCUCAAUGCUCGAGGAUGACGUGCGAGCGGCCACCCAACAAGUCUUGGUUGCCGGACAGGCAUCCAAAAGUAAUGCGGAAGGAAGUACCAAACCUCCGGACCGGCCAAGGCCGUCCGGACGAAGGCAGGAGGAACAGAGCCGUCCAAAACGGCCACCCCUCACACCCAUCUCCAUAUCCUAUGAGAAGCUUCUCCCUAUGAUCCAAAACAUGUCCAACUUCAGGUGGCCCGGACCCCUCAGAACGGACCCAUCCAAAAGGGAUCAUAGUAAGAUAUGUGUCUACCAUAAGGAGCAUGGGCACACAACAGAGGCGUGCAGGAGCCUCCAUUAUUUUGUCGAAAGGCUCAUAAAGGCGGGACAUUUGAAGCAAUACCUCCUCUCAAACGUCAGAGUUAGAGACACUUCUCGAAAUCACAACUCAGGGACCUCCAAGAUCCCCGCCGCCCCCAAAGCCGCUAUAAACUAUAUCCACGGGGGACCACUGGAUGAGGAGUACGACUCUAGACGAAAGAGACAGAGACUAUUACAAGCAGCAUCGGUACGGGAACGCGUUAACUCCAUACGACCUGGGAUAGCUGGUGAGGGCCCCCGGCCCAUAGAUGGGACAAUCGUUUUCCCCCCAGUAAACCCCACACGGAUAUUACAACCGCACCUCGACGCCCUCAUCCUGUCCCUGGAGAUGGGAGACUUUAACGUGAGACGCAUCUUAGUCGACCUGGGCAGCUCGGCCGAUCUUUUACAAGCGUCGAUAAUUGGCCACAUGGGACGUGAUCUGUCUGGCCUCGAAAACCCCGGGCGAAUCUUGUCCGGCUUCAAUGGAGCGUCGACUACCUCCUUGGGAGAUAUUGUGCUACCGGUCCAACCGGGCCUAGUCACUCUCAACGUGUAA